GCUCAGAGUAGAAAAGUGUGAGUAAAAGCAUUAUUCUUACUACAAAAGUACGGGAACAGAGCUAAAAUUUUGUUAUGUUUCUGCAUUAACCAAAACGGUAUCCGUCUUAAAAACUUAAAAUUUCAUUGAAGAGCUAUCUUUUACAAAAAUGUUAUGUCGACUGUGUCUAAAAGAAUCCAAUUGCUGUUUGGAAAUAUUUGAUGUCAAUGGGAAACAACUGGGGAUUGCGGAUAUACUGGAGCGGCAUUUUUGGUUUCAGCCCAAUCCUAAUGACUCCAUUUCGACAGCCAUAUGCCGCAUAUGCUGGCUGAAAGUAAGUGACUUUCAUCAGUUCUACUUGACAGUGGAACAGGCGCAUUCCCUACUAAAUAAUACCGAUGUGAAAUACGAAACUGUCACCAUUGGCGUGGACCAAGAAUUUGUUGAAAAUACUGUGCAAAUUAAAGAAGAGUUUUUAGAACAGCUACGUCAAACAGAAAACCCCGACGAAGCCAUUAAUCCGCUAUAUGAGUCGGAAUUUGAGGAUGCCGAAAGGGAGGGGGUGGAGGAAAACGGAAUAAACCAGAAAGUCAUCAAAGAAGAGUCAAGUGGCGCAUUAGAGGAGGCAGAAGGGUUUGCUCAACGUGUAAGAACAAUGGGACAAAAACGAAAAAAUGUACGAAGGAAACCAACUGCAACCAGAAAAGUACCUAAAAAGGAAGUGGAAGAGGAGGACGAAGAUAGUGAAGGUGAAAAUGAUGAUGCUGAUGCUGAUGCUGAUGAUGAGCAGAAGCCAAAACGACAAAAGGUUAUUAAAUCAACGCCACAAGAUGACGCAAUGAUCAAAAAGCAUAUUGCCAUGGGUUGUGAAUUAUGUGCCUAUGUGGCUGAAGACUUCGCUGCAAUGAGCAAACACUUUCGGUUGCAGCAUCCAAACAUAAAACCUUACAUUCGUUGUUGUAAUAAGAAACUAAACAAACGAUUUAAAAUAGUGCAACACGCGUAUAAGCACGAGGAUCCAGAUUUUUUUAAGUGCCAUGAAUGUCAAAAGGUAUUUUCCGAUCGGUAUACUCUAAAAUCUCAUAUGAUUGGCUCGCAUGCACCUGAAGAAGAACUCAAUUUCGCCUGCGACCAAUGUCCUAAAAAGUUUUCCCGCAAACAUUUGUUGGAGUUACAUAGACCGUCGCAUGUGCCUAUGAGUGAGCGCACUUUCAUCUGUGAUCAAUGUCCAAAUAGUCGUUUCGCUAGCAAUCACUUAUUGAAAAUUCACAUUAGCAUGCGUCAUCGUCGGGCAACGAACGUGUGCCAUGUGUGUGCCAAAGAGAUACGUGACAAAGCAUCAUUCGAGAAGCAUGUCCGUUUGCAUUUCGAAGAUAGUGGGCCGCGAGUUAAAUGCCCCCGACCCGAUUGUGACCGUUGGCUUAAGGAUGAAGAAAAUCUGCGGCAACAUAUGCGACGUCACAACGACGAAGGACUGGUGUUUACUUGCGACGAAUGCGGACGCGUUUGUAAGAACCGUCGUGCGCUGCGUAGCCACAUACACUACGUACACUCCAACGAAGUGUUCACCUGUGAGGAAUGUAAUAAAACAUUCAAGAAAGCUAUUACUUUACGGGAGCAUAUGGCACAGCAUACGGGUGAAAGUCUCUAUAAAUGCCCAUUUUGUACGCGAACUUUCAAUUCGAAUGCGAACAUGCACUCGCACAAGAAGAAGAUGCAUCCCGUUGAAUGGGAUGUUUGGCGCAAAACGAAGCAGGGAAGCUCACAACAAUUGAUAAGCAAGCAGCAGAGCAAUAUACCGCAUCCAGAUGAUCAUAUGUCGGCGGUAAUUUGUUCCACCUGCUGGUUGAAAGUGAACGACUUCCAUCAAUUCUAUGUAACAGUGGAGCAGACACAUUCAACCCUCAGUAAUGAUGUCGUGAAGAAAGAGUCUUUCACUGAAUUACUGGACAAUGAAUUUAUUGACCCCGAUUUGAGUAUUAAAGAAGAGUUUGCCGAAGUACCUUGCUUAUUAAGUACGGAAACAACGGGCAUUGAAAGUGAACAGCUAAAUCCAUUUUGUGAGCUGGAUUCUAAUAAAAUAGUGGACAACGAAUUUCAUGCACAAAGUGAAGAAUCGAAUGGUGAAGACACAAAAACGGAAGACAACGCCGGAAACCUACCUUUGUCAAGUUGUACAUUGGAAAAGAAAGGAAAAUGUGUAACUCGAAAAUUGACAGCUUCUAGAAGAAUUGGUCGUAAUAAGCCAAAAGAAGGUGCAAAAGAUGUUAAUCAUGCGGAAGAAAUGAAAGAAAGAUAUAGCGUUAAGACGUCUCGGGAGGAUGAUGAAAUGGUGAAAAAAUAUAUACAAAUGAGUUGUGAACUUUGCACUUUUAUCAGCGAGGAUUAUACCUCAAUAAGAAAGCAUUUUCAAAUACAGCAUCCCAAGAUUAAAUCAUAUGUGCGCUGUUGUAAUAAAAAACUAUUCCAUCGACUUGAAAUUGUUCAACAUGCCUACAAACAUCAUGAUCCCGAAUUCUUUAAGUGCAAAGUUUGCCAGAAACUUUUUUCCGAACAAGCAACACUAUCACGCCACAUGAUUGCCGCACAUGCACCGGAAGAAGAAUUGAAAUUCCACUGCGACCAAUGUCCUAAAAGAUUUUCACGACAAAAAAAGCUUGAACUCCAUAGGAACUCACAUGUACCGAAGAAUGAGCGAACAUUCAUAUGUGACCAAUGUCCCGACAGUCGCUUCGCUAGCAAUGAUUUAUUGAAAAUUCACAUUUGCAUGCGCCAUCGACGUGCAACAAACGUUUGUCAUGUAUGUGCUAAAGAGAUACGUGACAAAGCUUCAUUCGAGAAGCAUGUGCGCUUACAUUUCGAAGAUAGUGGUCCAAAGGUUAAAUGUACAAUGGAAGGUUGUGACCGUUGGCUUAAGGACGAGGAUAACCUUCGACGACAUAUACGAAGAUUACAUACCAAAGAGGAGAAAGCAGUACAGUGUGAUAUAUGCGGACGGGAAUGUAAGAAUAAGUGUGCAUUAAGUAAACACAAACGCCGGGUUCACUCCAACAUCGUAUUCACCUGCGAAGAAUGUAAAAAAACCUUUAAACGAGCGAUUUACUUACGGGAACAUAUGACGCAGCAUACUGGUGAAAUCCUCUACAAAUGUCCAUUUUGUACACGCACAUUCAAUUCCAAUGCAAAUAUGCACUCGCACAAAAAGAAAAUGCACCCCAUAGAAUGGGACAAUUGGCGAAAAACAAAUAAUUGUUGGGUUAAAAGCUUGUAUACCUUUUGCAAAACACAAAACUUUUUUAAUAUGUUAUGUAGGCUUUGCAUAAAAUACAGCGAUGGUUUUCUAAAUAUGUUUGACAGGAAUGGUGUGGGGCUAGGAAUUGCCGAUAUACUCGGCCGUCACUUCUGGUUCAAGCCGCAUCCAGAUGAUCAUAUGUCGGCGGUAAUUUGUUCCACCUGCUGGUUGAAAGUGAACGACUUCCAUCAAUUCUAUGUAACAGUGGAGCAGACACAUUCAACCCUCAGUAAUGAUGUCGUGAAGAAAGAGUCUUUCACUGAAUUACUGGACAAUGAAUUUAUUGACCCCGAUUUGAGUAUUAAAGAAGAGUUUGCCGAAGUACCUUGCUUAUUAAGUACGGAAACAACGGGCAUUGAAAGUGAACAGCUAAAUCCAUUUUGUGAGCUGGAUUCUAAUAAAAUAGUGGACAACGAAUUUCAUGCACAAAGUGAAGAUGAAGACUCGAAUGGUGAAGACUCGAAAACUGAAUACAAUGUGCCAGUGGGAAGGAAAAUUUAUGAACAUAGCUCAGAAUCGAAUGGUGAAGACCCAAAGACGGAAGACAACGCCGGAGAUCUGCCUUUGUCAAGUUGUACGUUGCGUAAGAAACGUAAAUGUGUAACUCGAAAAUUGACAGCUUCUAGAAGAGUUGGUCGUAAUAAAUCAAGAAAAGGUCAAAAAAUUGUGACAGCAAAGGAAGUUGAUCAUGCUGAAGAAAUGAAAGAAAAAUAUAGCGUAAAGACAUCUCGGGAAGAUGAUGAAAUGGUGAAAAAAUAUAUACAAAUGAGUUGUGAACUUUGUACUUUUAUCAGCGAGGACUAUACCUCAAUAAGAAAACAUUUUCUAAUACAGCAUCCUAAUAUUAACUCAUACGUGCGCUGUUGCAAUAAGAAAUUAUUUCGCCGGCUUGAAAUUGUUCAACAUGCCUAUAAGCAUCAUGACCCCGAAUUCUUUAAAUGCAAAGCUUGCCAGAAACUUUUUUCCGAUGGGGCAACACUAUCACGCCACAUGAUUGCCGCUCAUGCACCGGAAGAAGAAUUGAAAUUUCACUGCGACCAAUGUCCCAAAAGAUUCUCACGACAAAAGAGGCUUGAACUACAUAGGAACUCGCAUGUACCGAAGAAUGAGCGAACAUUCAUAUGUGACCAAUGUCCCGACAGUCGCUUCGCUAGCAAUGAUUUAUUGAAAAUUCACAUUUGCAUGCGCCAUCGUCGUGCAGUGAACGUUUGUCAUGUGUGUGCUAAAGAGAUACGGGAUAAGGCUACAUUUGAAAAACAUGUACGUUUACAUUUCGUACAUGGGCCAAAGGUUAAAUGUACAAUAGAAGGUUGCGAUCGUUGGUUUAAGGAUGAAGAUAACGUUCGACGACAUAUCCGAAGAUUACAUACCAAAGAGGAGAAAGCAGUGCAGUGUGAUAUAUGCGGACGGGAAAGUAAGAAUAAGAGUGCAUUAAGUAAGCAUAAACGCCGAGUUCACUCCAACAUCGUGUUCACCUGUGAAGAAUGUAAAAAAACAUUUACGCGUGCGAUUUACUUACGGGAACACAUGACGCAGCAUACUGGUGAAAUCCUCUACAAAUGUCCAUUUUGUACACGCACAUUCAAUUCCAAUGCAAAUUUGCACUCUCACAAGAAGAAGAUGCAUCCCAUUGAAUUGGACAAUUGGCGAAAAACAAAUAAUGGAAGUUCACAACAGUUUAUUGAGCAGCAAGAAAAUUUACAAAACCUGAUUGCUCCAACUAUCCAGUGAUAAGUAUUUGGCAUGUUCAGCUAAAAUAUUAUAUACAGACCUAAACUAAAAGGGUAAAAUUAUGUGUAUUAGAAAUUGUAGACUAAUUUAUUUGUAUCCGAAUAGCAGAAUUAAGUUUAAUCUAUGUAAAUCCUUUUUCAUACCAUUUAAUAUAUGUACAUAUGUAUC